GCCGUCGCGGGGGGCGGUGGAAACGCCUCCGGCCGCGGUCUCUGCGCAUGCCCGAGAGGGCGGGGCGGCUUCCCGCUCCCGGCAGGAAAGCGAGAGCAGGUAAUGUGGGAGCCGGCGGGGGUAUUUGCCGGCUACACAGAGCGUGGGCCGGAAGUGGGGGAGCCGAGAGCGGCGCCGCAGGAGCUCCGGGCUACACUGUGGCGACGGCGGCGGCCCCUCGGCUGGAGGAGGACGAUGAGGAGCGACGGAAGCGGCGCGGGGGGACGCUUCUGCGCGGCGCCGGGUUCCGAGUCCGCGGCCGACUGCGCAGCCUGCGAGCAGGUCUAAGACGCUUACGGAGAGCCACAAUGGAAAAGUCCUGGAUGCUGUGGAACUUUGUUGAAAGAUGGCUAAUAGCUUUGGCUUCAUGGUCUUGGGCUCUCUGCCGUAUUUCUCUUUUACCUUUAAUAGUGACUUUCCAUCUGUAUGGAGGCAUUAUCUUACUUUUGUUAAUAUUCAUAUCAAUAGCAGGUAUUCUCUAUAAAUUCCAGGAUGUAUUGCUUUAUUUCCCAGAACAGCCAUCUUCUUCACGCCUUUAUGUUCCCAUGCCGACUGGUAUUCCACAUGAAAACAUUUUCAUCAGAACCAAAGAUGGAGUGCGUCUAAAUCUUAUUUUGAUAAGAUACACUGGAGACAAUUCGCCCUAUUCCCCAACUAUAAUUUAUUUUCAUGGGAAUGCAGGCAACAUAGGUCACAGGUUACCGAACGCAUUGCUUAUGUUGGUUAACCUCAAAGUUAAUCUUUUGCUUGUUGAUUAUCGAGGAUAUGGAAAAAGUGAAGGAGAAGCAAGUGAAGAAGGACUCUACCUAGAUUCUGAGGCUGUGCUAGACUACGUGAUGACCAGACCUGACCUUGACAAAACAAAAAUUUUUCUUUUUGGCCGUUCCUUGGGAGGGGCAGUAGCUAUUCAUUUGGCCUCUGAAAAUUCACAUAGGAUUUCAGCCAUUAUGGUGGAGAACACAUUUUUAAGCAUACCGCAUAUGGCCAGCACUUUAUUUUCAUUCUUUCCAAUGCGUUACCUUCCUUUAUGGUGCUACAAAAAUAAAUUUUUGUCCUACAGAAAAAUCUCUCAGUGCAGAAUGCCUUCUCUUUUCAUCUCUGGACUCUCUGACCAAUUAAUCCCACCAGUAAUGAUGAAGCAACUUUAUGAACUCUCCCCAUCUCGGACUAAGAGAUUAGCCAUUUUUCCUGAUGGAACUCAUAAUGAUACAUGGCAAUGCCAGGGUUACUUCACUGCCCUUGAACAGUUCAUCAAAGAAGUAAUAAAGAGUCAUUCUCCUGAAGAAAUGGCAAAAACUUCAUCCAAUGACUUCAGAAGUUGUGGAGUCCAUGUGUCCCAUCCCUACCUUCAUUCUCCUCUUUGGGUUGAGGAGCCUUUCUUUCUGCAGCAAAAGGAAAAGGUGUCUAGGGUUGUAGCACAUCUUUCCUUCCUAGCUUCCUUCUGUAUUUGAGACUGGUUCCUUAGAUGGGAAGGGGGUAGAAGACAAACUGCUAUUAUCAGGGGUCCAUGAAGACUGUGGCAUCAUUUUUUUAAAACAUGUCUAAUUUUGUGGCCAAAGCAAUUGGUCUUAAUAAAACGUGAAUUCUUCAUGAGUCACACCUUCAUUUUGGACUCAUCUCUUCGUGGGAAUAGGUGUGUGUCCAUCUUGUUUAUUAAUAUCUGGCUCAUUGAUGUAAGAGCAGCUGUAGGAGUUUCUGAAUGAGUUUUUAAGUUAUUAAGCUACUGGAAUUUGGAAACGCUAGAAUGAUUUUAAAAAUGGCAAAAUAAAAUCCACUGAGAUCAAAAUCCAUUAUUUUAAAAGGGAUUAUUGGGGGUAAAACGGCAAAAAAGAUCCUAAAAAAAGAUUUUGCAAAAUACGGGAAGAAAUCAUUUGUAACAGAUAAAAGAAUACUAAUAGGAUAGAAACAACUGGAAAGGGAAAUGUGACAUCGUUCUUAAAUGUAGAUCUAGGAAAUAAUUAGCUGGUGAGGUUGGUGAAAAGGAAGCAUAACAUGUAAAACAGAUCAUUUGAACUCAAGGUGCUUCUAACAGAGAAGGCAGCUGGAGCACCUGAUACUGCAUCUACCCUAUGUUUUUGCAAACACUUUGACUGUAAAAUUGGUGUUUUCAUUUAAAUGGUGUUCUGAAAUUUAUUAUGGGGCAGCUUAAAUUUACCUUUUCAUGACUGUAGACAGUUGAUAAUAACCCAAAUUCUACCUUUGGUAAUGCGUCACCAGAUUAAUGAUACUGUGAUAUUUAUUGAGAAUUCAUACCACCUGAUGCUUUCAUACUCAUUUCUUUUGUUUGUAAGAUUUGGUUUGAGGUGAGUAUGGGCUUGUUGGGUGGAAUUAAAGAAUGAAGGCCAUAUUCAAUUUUAUAUAAACUAUCAUGCAAGCCCAGCCAAAGUGUAGUUUUUGACUGAGUCCUGUCCUUGAGGUUAGGAAUAAAUAAGGUAAACCUUAAAAGAGGGUGUCGCAGAAGUCACUUUUUAAAUUAGAUUAUGAUUGAGAUAUACUGAAAACCUCCACUGACCUCUCCCCUCUCUGUUUUUCUUAUUAUGUUUGACAGCAAUUAUGGAGAAAGAAAUGUGAAAAGAGUCAUAAUGCUUUUUGAUUAUCCUUAAAUUUAUGUAUUUUCAUAUCACUCAGGUAAAGUUGGGAAAUGACAGAGCACAGACAUAUUUUUUAAAUCAGAGUAGAAAAUAAAAAGCACUUCUGUUGACUUACAUUGCCAUAUGUGCACAUCAUCUCAGCUAAUCAGAAAUAGUAUAUUCAUUUGUAUGACACAAUAAAUGCAUUCAUCCUAAUAGUAGUCAACACAUUUUGCCAGAUGGUGCAAAUAUACCUCCAUUUAUAUUUUGUAUCUUAAAAAUGUAGUUUAACAAUAGGACUGUGUGUAAGAGACACUUUUUUUACGAAAAGUGUCAUAUAUACAUAUGUAACAGGGAUGAGUGUGCAUUGUUUAACAUCAUUUAUAACAGAAUUUCUGUCAGUACUCCAUAUACUGAAAAUUCAAGUUGUUUUCAACCUAUUCAAAUAUGUUCAGGAUAAAAUAAGUUAAUCCAAUUUCAUAAUGUAAAUCAUAUUUUUGUUAUUUGCC